AUGGCUUCUUAUGCGACAGAAAUGCAUGCCUCUCCUGGUUGUGACGUCUCACACAAUAAACAGUCUCAAAAUUCAUCUGAUUCCUAUGGAAACAGAAAGACCUCAUCUACACAUUCCACCAACAAUUAUAAAAAUUCAUUCGAAAGGACUAAUCAUCCGCAAAUAUCUCAGUCAGUUCCAUCUUGUUCAGACAUGAAUCCUGUAACAAGCCAGCUUCAACAACAACACCCACAAUACCGUUAUUCAGAUCCGUAUGGUUUCCAACGUCAGCCAGAGUCUAAUCCACGAACGCUUCCUAAUUCUGACACUACGAAUUGCGUCCCCUCAAUUUAUGCAAGCCCAGAAUAUAAUUUAAACAGUCCAGACUUAUGCACACAGACCAAUCAUUUACAGUCUUAUUUACAUCGUGUAUCUUGCUGCUUGCCUCAAUGUCCACAAUGUCUUUCUUAUAAUCUUUUCUCUCAAUCUUAUAAUUUUCCAAACAAUGGAACAGCUCUACAACCACCUUUAGUAUUGUCUCCAACUGUGUUGAAUAACUACUCAACUUCAGCACUGUGUUGUCCAUCAGCUUCUCAAAUACCAUAUUACUUUUGGUACAACCAGGAUCCUGAAUACCAGAAACAAUAUUAUCAAACUCAAUUAGCUAUGUCUAAGUUGAAUCUAGACCAUGCAUCACCCAAUACAUGUAUGAUGGUUCAAUCGGGACCAGAUCCUAUGCAUGGAUCUUUGCCAAAUCAAACACAUCAAACUGAGGCAAAUUAUUCUGCAGACCCAAAUGCUUUUUCUUCAGUAUCCUUAUCUGAAAAUCCUAACACAAUUGUUCCUCCGCUUAGUUUAAUUAUGCCUAUGCCUCGAUCUGUCACUAUCGCUACCUCUCCUACUACUACCAUGAAUAAUAGUAAUGUAUCGUCUAAAAUAAAUGAUCCAUCUGUAAUCAACCAGUUCGAUUAUUCCAAUGCUUCAUCGUAUGCAAGUAGUAACAGUACACCAUUAAAUAAUCAAUUGAAUGGAUAUACAACACUUCCUAUGGACGGUGUCUACGAUCCAACUAACAGUACAUGGUAUCCUGGAUAUUGGAAUUCAAAUAACUUAUGGGUAUCAACGGCAACUGGUCAAGGUGGUUAUUUAACAACACCGUUCAAUAAUAACAGUUUAUCCUUACCAAUUUCUUCAUUUUCACCCAACCCACAAUCGUUCAACACAGAUGAAUAUGCAGUUCUACAUCAACAAUAUGUAAAUACAAUAAAUAGUGAUUUCACUGGUGUUAUCAAUACUGGCAAUAAUCAUCAUCACCAUCAUUCAACAGAUUUAAUAAAUUAUAAUCAGUCAAGAGAUAGGACAGUUGUUGUUAGUCAACAAUCACAACAAACACUUUUAGGUUGUAAUAAUAAUAAUAACACUGCCUCAUCUAUACCAUCUUUAUCAUCAUCAUCUUCGUCAAUAAUGCUCACAGCAACAUCUUUACCAUCAACGUCAGUCAAUAAAUUGUUAUCAUCAUCAUCGUCAUCAUCACCAAACCAAAAGGAAUAUCACACAUUGUCGUAUUACACUAAUCCGAAAUCAAACGAUUCGUUAACUAAUUUACAAAAUGUUCAAUAUUGUCCUUAUCCUCUACCAUUUUAUAACACGAAUAACGUCAAUAUGAUAAGAAGUAAUCAUAAUAACAAUCAUACUACUGCAUCUGUUAUCACUCAUAAUAAUACUAAUAGUAAUAAUAGCAGUAGUAAUAAUAAUAACAGUAAUAAUAGUAAUAAUAUGCGUUUAAUUUUAACAAUAUUAGCUAAUUCACGUACCAAUACUACCGCUAUUGCUACUCCAAAUAUUGUCCAUAGUCCUUAUCGUUAUAGUCCAGAUCGAAAUAGUUUAUUGUGUAAUCGUCAAAAGCUAUUAUCUGUCAAUCCUAUUUCGUGUAGUACAAACACUACUCGAUAUAUGUGUAAAGCGUUUUCACAAUCCGAGUUGGCACGUUUAAACUUAAAUGUUAAUCCAGUGAUUUUUGAUGCAUCACUAGUGCAUAGAGCUCGUUAUUUCAUUAUUAAAUCAGACUAUGUGUACAAUGUGCACCAAUCUAUAAAAUAUGGUGUUUGGUGCUCAACUCGUACUGGUAAUCAAUGUUUGGAUGAAGCGUAUCAAUCAGUACAUGGCUCUACCGUGACUAUAGCAACAACAACGACUACCACCACCACUACUGCUAAAAGCGUCAAUAGUCGUAAUAAUAAUAAUAAUACUAACAUAAUCAGUGAUCAAUCAACGUUAGUUUAUAACAGUAAACUACAGUCAGAUAGAAAUGAAAAAGUGACAGGGAUAACUUCUACUACUAUUGCUACUAAUACUACUACUGUUGCUAAUAAUAAUAAAUCCUUCUCAACUAACAAUACUGUUCAAUGCCUAAAUGAUUCGCCUGCUGAUGUUACAACCGCACACAUCUUGUCUGUUUGCUCUACCGCGUAUACUACCACUACUAAUACAAAUACACUCAAUAACAAUAUAAACCUCGAUACAGCUAACGUUUCAAGAACGAAGGUCAGUACAAACAAUCCAAUUAUACCAAUAACAACUGUUACUUCAACCAUACUGACGGCAAAUAAUGGUCAGAACUCGACCAAAUCAAAAAGAACUUCAACAUCUACAUUUAAUACCAACAUGAACUCUUCUCCUGGACAUAUCAUUCUAUUUUUUUCAGUUCGAGAAUCUGGAUAUCUAACUGGAGUCGCUGAAAUGAUCAGUCCGGUUAAUCCACAAAAGCGUUCUACAAUAUGGCAAGAUUUACGAUUUAGAGGAGAAUUCGCUGUCAGAUGGUUGUAUAUUAAACAUAUUCCAAAUCAUGUCAUUAAGCAUAUCUUAGUUGAAUGCUAUGAUAAUCGUCCAGUGACAGUAUUGCGUGAUACUAGUGAAAUUUUACCACCGUCUAAAGGUGAAGAAUUACUACGUAUUGUACAUGAAUAUGGAUUAUCUACAUCAUCAUCAUCACUGCCGACUAUGUCAUACUCAUCGCCAACAUCAUCUCAUUCGAUUGGAGGUGUUAAAUCAUCGACCAGCAAAAUUGGUAAUAAUCAUAAUUUUUCAAUCAAUACAAAUUUGAUCAAUUCAAAUGGAUUUAAUAAUCAUAAGACUGUUAGUACGAGUAGUAAUUUGAUUGUUCCAUCGUCUACGAUCUUUAAUAGUAACAAUAUUACUACAACUACUACUGCUACUACUACUAAUAAUAAUAGUAAGAAUAUUGUCCCUUCAGUGAGUAUAUAUUCAACAAUUCCUGAGAAUCACAAUUCACAAGUCACUACUGAUUCGUCGAAUAAAGAUAUGAAUAAUUCUCCGUCUACAGUUGUAUAAAUUGUCAUUUGAUUCUCCCACUUAAUUUCUUCUAUUUCGUUAACUUCGGUGAUAUACAUAUAGAUGAUAUAAAUGUGUACAGAAUUCUUGUUAUAAAUGCACUCGUCAAUUGGACAUGUGUUAUCU